AUGUCUUUUAAUAGACCUAAUACUAGUCCUCAUAGAGGUUAUAGAGAAUUUGAUCCUGAAACUGGUGAUGGAAUUGGUAGAAAAAAAUCAUUAGUUAGACCAGAAAGAUCACGUUUAGAUUCAAAUCAUCCAAGAUAUCAUUAUACUCAAAUUACAAAUCAAGAAAGUGAUCAUAUUGUUGUACAACCUUCUUCUACUGGUUUAGAUCCUCAACAUUCAAAUGAUUUAGGUCGUUCAAGAUCUCAUUUAAGUUCAUUUGUAUCUGCUCAACCUCAUCAAUUUCAAAAUCAACAACAACAACAACAAACAGAUGAUAAUGAAGGUAUACCAUUGAUGGAAAUACAUGAUUCUUCACCUCAAAGUAGUCCAAAUACUCAAGAUUUAAAAGGUGGUAGAGAAAUUUAUGGAUUAAAUGAUGAAACAAAUGAUUAUGUUAAUUCUCCAUUAAAAAGUAAAGUUAUAUCAAAUGGUUUACCAAGACCUCAAGUUCAAGGAACCAAAAGAAAAAAUGGUAAAAAAAAUAAUAUAUAUUUUUGGAAAGUUUAUUGUUAUGUUAUAACAUUUUGGGCUCCUCCACCAUUACUUAGAUUAUUUGGUUUAAAAACAAAAGAUAGACAAUUUGCAUGGAGAGAAAAAAUUGGUUUAAUUUCAUGUAUUUUAUAUAUUGGUGCAUUUGUUGCUUAUUUAACUUUUGGUUUCACUAAAACUGUUUGUUCAACACAAAGAGUUAGAACAAGAAUUAAUGAAGUGAAUAAUGGAUAUUUAAUUAUAAAUGGUAGAGCAUUUGAUUUAACUCGAGCUCAACAUCCAGCAGCUGCUGGUAUUGAUGCAGGUACAAAUAUAUUGUAUCCACCUAUUAAUGCUGGUGGUAAAGAUGCUUCUUUUUUAUUUCAAAAUGUUAAUGGAAAUUGUAAAAAUUUAAUUUUACCAAGAGAUAAUUGUACUAUUCCAUAUAAUAAUGAUAAUGAAUUAGCAUGGUAUAUGCCAUGUAGAUUUUUCAGUCAAGAUGGAUCAGAUUCUGUUAAUAAUACUGAAGUUUAUUAUAAUGGUUGGGCUUGUCAUACAAGUGAAAUUGCUCGUAGAGCUUAUUACAGUUUAAAAGUUAAUGGUGAUGUUUAUUUUACUUGGGAUGAUAUUAGAAAUUCUUCGAGGAAUCUUGUGGUUUAUUCAGGUAAUGUAUUAGAUUUAGAUUUGAUCAAUUGGAUUCAACAUGAUGAUGUUACUUAUCCGGAUCUUUUUAAUAAAUUACGUGAUGAUCAUACUUAUCGUGGAUUAGAUAUUUCUUUGGUCUUGACAAAUCCUGGUGAACGUCAAGCAGCAAGAUGUUUAACAGAGAUAAUUAAGGUUGGGGUUAUAGAUUCCGAUACAAUUGGUUGUAUUGCUUCACAAAUUGUUUUAAUUGUUUCUUUGGUGUUUAUUUUAUCUGUGGUUGUCAUGAAAUUCGUUAUGGCAUGUUGGUUUAGAUGGGUAACUUCUAGAAAACAAGGAGCUACCGAAUAUGAUAAUAAGACAAUGGUUGCAAGAAAUAAAGAAAUUGAAAAUUGGGUUGAUGAUAGUAAUCCAGUAAUUGGUAACCAAAUAAAAACAGUUCCAGUUAAAGCAAGAGCAAAUUAUAAACCUACCAAAACCAAUAGACAAAGUGUUUUCCAAAAGACUCAAAAACUUUCUUUAGGACCAAAUGCUGAUUUAUCGCAAUAUUAUGACAAUCCAGAUGCACUUUCCAAAACUUUCAAAUAUACAACAAUGUCAACUCAAGCUGCAUUAUUAGGUAAAAAUGGAUAUGGUAAAAAAACUCCCAAACUGGCACAACAAUCUAACAUUUACCUCAAUGAUCAAGGCUCAUCCACUGACUUAUUAAAUCGUCCAGUUUCCACAUAUAAUCCAUUUGAUGGAUUUGAAGAUACUAUAGUUCAUGGAUUAUCACCAGAUAUUAUUCAUCCAGAUGUUGUACCACAACCACCAGUAGAAUAUCAACCAUUUGGUUAUCCAUUAGCUCAUACCAUCAACUUAGUUACUUGUUAUUCGGAAGAUGCAGAUGGUAUACGUACAACUUUAGAUUCAAUUGCUACUACUGAUUACCCAAACUCCCACAAAUUGAUCUUGGUCGUUUGUGAUGGUUUAAUUAAAGGUUCAGGUAAUGAUCAAACCACUCCUGAUAUUGUUUUAGAUAUGAUGUCCGAUUUAACUGUCCCAAGAAACGAAGUUGAAGCUUAUUCAUAUGUUGCAGUUGCUCAAGGUAGUAAACGUCAUAAUAUGGCUAAAGUUUAUGCUGGUUUUUAUGAUUAUAAUGAUGCUACAAUACCACCUGAAAAACAACAAAGAGUUCCAAUGAUAACCAUUGUAAAAUGUGGUACACCAGAAGAAGCAAAUUUACCAAAACCUGGUAAUAGAGGUAAAAGAGAUUCACAAAUUAUCUUGAUGUCAUUUUUACAAAAAGUUGUUUUUGAUGAAAGAAUGACUUCAUUGGAAUUUGAAAUGUUACAAAGUAUAUGGAGAGUUACUGGAUUAAUGGCUGAAUUUUAUGAAAUUGUUUUAAUGGUUGAUGCUGACACAAAAGUAUAUCCAGAUUCUUUAACUCAUAUGGUUGCAGAAAUGGUUAAAGAUCCAAUGGUUAUGGGAUUAUGUGGAGAAACUAAAAUUUCAAAUAAGGCACAAACUUGGGUCACUGCUAUACAAGUUUUUGAAUAUUAUAUAUCACAUCAUCAAGCAAAAGCCUUUGAAAGUAUAUUUGGUGGUGUUACUUGUUUACCAGGUUGUUUUUGUAUGUAUAGAAUAAAAGCUCCAAAAGGUUCAGACGGCUAUUGGGUACCAAUUUUAGCUAAUCCUGAUAUUGUUGAAAGAUAUUCAGAUAAUGUUGUUGAUACGUUACAUAAAAAGAAUUUGUUGUUAUUAGGAGAAGAUAGAUAUUUAUCUUCUCUUAUGUUGAGAACAUUCCCCAAAAGGAAACAAAUCUUCAUACCAAAAGCUGCUUGUAAAACAGUUGUACCUGAUAAAUUCUUGGUGUUAUUAUCACAACGUAGAAGAUGGAUUAAUUCAACAGUUCAUAAUUUAAUGGAAUUAGUUUUGGUAAGUGAUUUAUGUGGUACUUUUUGUUUUUCAAUGCAAUUUGUUAUUUUUAUUGAAUUGGUGGGUACAUUAGUUUUACCAGCUGCUAUUUCUUUUACAAUUUAUGUUAUUAUAGUUGCAAUUAUAUCAAAACCAACCCCAAUUAUGUCUUUAGUUCUUUUAGCUAUUAUUUUUGGAUUACCUGGUUGUUUAAUUGUUAUUACAAUUUCAUCAUUUUCAUAUAUAAUUUAUUUUUUCAUUUAUUUAUUAGCAUUACCAAUAUGGAAUUUUGUAUUACCAAGUUAUGCAUAUUGGAAAUUUGAUGAUUUUAGUUGGGGAGAAACAAGAACUGUUGCUGGUGGUGAUAAAGGAGAUCAUGGAGCAACUGAAGGGAUUUUCGAUGCUUCAAAGAUUAAAAUGAAAAGAUGGAGAGAAUGGGAAAGAGAAAGAAGAUCAAUUGAGAAUACGAACAACCAUAAUAAUCAAAAUAAUCCUUAUGGUAAUGGGAAUGGAUCUAGUUCAAGUAAUAAUAAUCUAGCAUUACCUUCUGCAGUUUGGGAUCCUUCAAAUAAUGAAAAAUUAAUUGAUGAUUAUUAG